CCGAAGUGCCUUUCGUGGGAUCCGGGUGCGCUGUGCAUGAGAAGAUGAAGAUAGCGUGCGAGCACACAGGCUUGUAUCAUAGGCGAUGUCGAUGGUGUGUGAGAGAGAGACAGGACACGUACAGCUGAGAGCGAGAGCGAGAGGAAGGUGCGUAAUCUCUGGGUCCGUUUAUCAGAACGUGUGCAGAGGCGCACAGAUUCAGCUCGCGUGCGCAGGAGCAGCUAUCCAGCGUUCAUCAUCAUCGUACCAGUUCGCGCGCACGCGUCAUUAUCGCACAGCAUUGAAUCCGCUUGGGCGGCCCUGCGAUAAACAAUAUGAUGCAAUGCAGUACGUCCAGGUCCAGGUACGCACAGGCACGGCGCUCACCAGUCAAGCUCAAGCUCAAGCUCAAGCGCAGGCACAUGCUCACCUCCAUCUCCGAUCCCCCCUGCUCGUUAUCGCUCGCGACCGCCGCGUAAUCCGUUCUCAAGACACGCUCGCCAGUCGCCUGGUGAGAGUGGGACGCCGGGAUAUCAGACCUCGUUGGUUUAAUCUGCCACCAAGACCCAACACGCGUGCCUCGCUGGACUCGACUCCGGCACACUACACACGAAAGAUGUCGCCCGGCGCUCGGCAGGCAUGCGCAGCCCAGUGAGAUUCAUGGACGAUCGAGCUUGUCCGCGAGCGGUGCGCGUCCGUCUAUGCGCUAUCACAUCGCCGGCUGUUGCAACGUCGCACCCAGCAUCCUUCUUUUUUUCGCACCGCCGUCUCGUAAGCACCGCGAUACCGUCGAAGCAGAAAACCCCGCAACCGCCCCGCGUCCCGCCC